CGGUUUUGGUCUCGAAUUACACAUAACUUUAAACAUGAAAACAAAGAGUUUUCGUCCAGUCUUUUUGAUGAAUACAGUACAUUGCCAGUGUUCUUUAGAGGCACUUGUUCUGCUUAUACAGUUAAUACAGAAAGACUCCAGAGAGCCUCUAGACGGUCUAUGGAUCUCUUUAUUCAAACAUGGUAUUCAGAAAUGGAAAAAGUUUAUCUUCAGAGUCAAAAAGCAGUGGUUGCCUUGGAACUUCAAUUACAAGCAUUGUCACACGGUUUAUGCAUGAUUGUAACUUACAAAAAAGAAAAGAGAGACCUUUUAUUAAUAUUCUUUUCUAGUCUUCUCCAGUCAAGAACCCUGAUAAAAAUCAAAUGGCUCAAGCCCAUCAGUUCAUUACAGCUUGUUUAAAAGAAUGGGAUAACCACUUUACUCGCUCAGUUAACAUUAUUACACAAAUCAAUGAUGUACAUCAUUUACAGUUUUCAAAAGCAUCUAUACAACACAAGGUCAAUCUAAAAGAACGAAAUAAAGCAUUAUAUUCAUGUCAGCAGAGCCAUCAAUACCGAAUUAAACAAGCCAUCCCUAUAGGCUACCUUAAACUGGAUGAAUGCAUGCAUCAGUUCUUUUGCCUGGAACAAGAUUUACUUCUCUACCAUCAUUAUGUAUCAAGUCAAUUCAGUUUGUUAUGGGAUCUGGGAGGUUACAUGAAUUCAGCCAUGGAAUCAAGAUGGAACCAUAUGCAAUCCUUGUCCUUGAUGCAUUAUCAGCGACUUCAACAUCAACUCAAGAAGACUUUGGAAACCAACGCCCCAGUAGCUCAUGAUUAUACGUGCGCUGUUUGUCUUGAUCUUUUUCAAGAACCUACUGUCUUGAGUCCUUGUAGACAUACCUUUUGUCGGUCAUGCAUUCAGCGCUGCUUUUGUGCUCCAUGUCAUCAACACACGCAACGGAAACGAACUCGGUUAGCUGAUAAACUAGGCAUCCGUGUACGGCCUGCUAUUUAUUGUGAAUGUUAUAGCGUGAAUGAGGCUACACGUCCAUUCUGUCGCCGAGGUACAUGUCCUCUAUGUCGACAGCUGUUUACAGCAGAUCAAUGUAGUCUGGAUAUCAAACUUGAAAGGUUUAUGGGACUCUAUUUUCCAGAGCGAGAGGAAAAAGAACAUGAUAUGCAAGACAAUAGAGGACGAGUUUAUGACAAGAUCCAGAGAUGGUCUUGUCGACUUGCACAAGCUCAUGAAACAUGUACAGAAGAUGUACUACAGAAUGGGAUGCUGUUACUUGCAAGGCGUUCAUGGAUUUUUUAAUGUUACAUCAGCGUUUUUUUUUCUAUUGUUUUUAUAUUAAAGAAGAAGAAAAAAAGAAACAUAAAAUAGAGAUAAAGGAAAGUGAGUGGUAUAGGGAAAGUAUGGAUGAAAGUGGGGGUUAUAAUAUAAGAUAGUGUAUAUGUAUAUAUAUAUAUAUAAGAACUACAAUAAAGAUAAAAGAUUGGAGAAGGGAGAGU